CUUUCGGUAUAAAUCUUUCAAACAUCGGUGGCGUUGCCAACGGAUUAACCGGCUUCAAAUCUUCUACGUCGCCGCUCACCUUCUACGCUGCUACCAACCAAUCUUAUUACUCUAUGCUCCUUCCCCAUGGAAGCUAGGGUGUGGCCAAUUAGACGACAAUACUUACUAGUUAUAGGCAGCUCAUCCAAUCACAUUGUAAUAUUAGAUACUGCCUAGUGAACAAGACCGCACAAGAAAGUGACCUCUCAUAUGGAUAAACACCAUAUACUAAAAUCGGCAUAGACGAGGAAUUGAAACUAGACGAAUAAUUGAACGGCCUUAGAUGACUCACCACACGUAUUACCCGGCUCAACCCGCUAAACAACUGAGCUAAUCUCUAUUGCUCUGAAAGUAAGUCAUAUUGUGUACAGUUUGGUAGCAAAAACGAAAGGAAAGCAAAGAAACAGAGGAAAAACAUGGAGUCAUCAUCGUCACCCAAUCCUCCAGCGCCUCCUCCGCCGCAGUCUUCGACCACCGCCGCUGAUGGGUCCGGAAAGAAAGUAAGGAAACCUUACACCAUCACCAAGUCACGUGAGAGCUGGACUGAAGAAGAACACGACAAGUUCCUAGAAGCUCUUCAACUGUUUGACCGUGACUGGAAAAAAAUUGAAGAUUUUGUCGGUUCAAAGACAGUUAUCCAGAUUCGAAGUCAUGCCCAGAAAUAUUUUUUGAAGGUUCAAAAGAAUGGAACAAUCGCACAUGUGCCUCCUCCUCGCCCCAAGCGCAAAGCUUCUCACCCUUACCCACAAAAGGCGACUAGAAAUGUUUUAGUGCCAUUACAAGCAUCCAUGGCUUAUCCUUCUUCAAUAAAUGCCAUUGCACUUGGAUUUGCGCCCUGGGAUGAAGCUUCCAUGCUGAUAAACACUGCCUCAAGCAAAAUCAUGCCACCACAAGAUGAAUUUACAAGUCUUCGAGGAGCUGAAGCUGAUAUUGGAUCAAAGGGCGUAGCAAGGAUUAGUAACAGUGGUGUUAGUAGCAUUGGAAACUCAAGUAGGACAAUAUCUAGUUCUGAUAUGCCAAAGCAAGCGAAACAAGCCCCCAUGAUUCAUGGUAUACCUGAUUUUGCUGAAGUUUAUAACUUCAUUGGGAGUGUCUUCGAUCCAGACACCAAAGGGCACAUACAAAAACUCAAAGAGAUGGAUCCAAUAAAUUUUGAAACUGUUUUAUUGCUGAUGAGGAACCUCACUGUUAACUUGUGUAGUCCUGAUUUUGAGCCAAUUAGGAAGGUCCUGUCCUCAUAUGAUGUCAGCAGCACAAACAUGCAUGCUUGGAGGUUUACUACGAGAAGGAGUUGCAGCCAUCAGCUGGAGAAAAUGGUAGAAAUGAUGAGUGGAAGAAUGGUUUUCUACUACAGACCUUCAACCUCCCUGACAUCUAGCGAGAUCAGGCUAGAUGGUUGUCACCAUGUUUUGACCUAUCAGCCAGAUAAUUUUUUAUAUAUUCUUGUGAGUUUUGUUUAUUAGCCGUUUUACCUAAUUGCGAAGUAUGCCUUACAAUAGAAGUGAAACUACAAGAAUUUGAACAUAUUUGUAAGAAGGAUGAUGGUUUUGCCUUGUGAAUGUAGCUAGAAGGAUCUCCAUGACAACAUGAUAUAUUUAUUUUAUCUAUCAUAUUGGUUGUUAAUACGUAUUCUACAAGAAUAUUAUCUCUCAGUUUGACUAAGAUUUGAUGGGAUCAUACAAAGGUCAAAGGUGCCAGGUUGCUGAUGAUAUCCAAGACAUUCAUGAGCUCAUUACAGAUUAUCUUGCUUGUAGAAGGAAACUCGCAGAUUGAUUCGCUGACUAUAGCAGAUUUCUUUGGAGGAUUUCAUUUAUCUUGUCCGUCCUCCCCGGAACAUGUCUUUUCCCUUUUAGCAGAUAGAUGGGAUCAUGCAAAGUUGGCGCCAAGCUGGGGGUUCUCCUACUAGUUCCUGUACCAUUGUAAGUUAUAUUUAUGUCGCUUUCUCCUUCCCACCUAUUUUUCACCUCAAGGUUUUUCCUACCAUAAUGGUAUUUCCUUUGUUGUAGUACAUUAAUAUUUAAUCUGCUGA